AACUGUGAUUCCGCAGUUAGUGGCAAGGAGGAGGCCGAGCUAACCCAUCCGAUACGCCGACAGAAGUCCUUCUCAAAGGUCCUACAUAAUUAUUCUCUCAGUGUAGUCUCGGCUUCCGACGAUGGCGGACGUAAACGGCGUGCAACCCGAAUCUCCGAGGAAGCGGUUGAAGAAUGACCCUCCGACGAAUAAAGUGACCGUGGUGCUCGGUGCCCAAUGGGGAGACGAGGGCAAGGGCAAAGUGGUGGACAUGCUGGCCAUGUCCUCGGACGUCGUGUGCAGGUGUCAGGGAGGAAACAACGCAGGGCACACAGUAGUAGUUGAUGACGCAGAGUACGACUUCCAUAUUCUGCCCUCGGGAAUCAUAAAUCCCUCUGCUGUCUCGCUGAUUGGUAAUGGGGUGGUGGUACAUCUGGGACAGAUGUUUGAAGAAAUUGAGAAAAAUGAAGCCAAGGGACUUAAGGACUGGAAAAACAGGUUGCUCAUUUCUGACAGAGCUCACAUUGUCUUUGACUUCCAUCAGAGUGUAGAUGGCCUUCAGGAGCAGGAAAGGUCAAAGGACAGUUCUGGCACCAAAACUCUUGGUACUACAAAGAAGGGCAUUGGCCCUUGUUACUCAAGUAAGGCUGGGCGCCAUGGUUUACGUAUGGCUGAUCUGCUCGGAGAAUAUUCUGUGUUUGAGCAAAGGCUAAGAAAUCUGGUUGACUCUCACCAAAGAAUGUUCCCUGAGUUGCAAGUUGACAUUGAGGAAGAGGUGAAAAAGUACAAGGUUUAUGCAGAACGAAUGCGACCACUUGUCACCAAUUGUAUUGCAUAUGUUCACAAAUGUCUUCAUGGUACAAAAAAGGUGUUGGUGGAAGGAGCGAACGCUGCCAUGCUUGACAUUGAUUUUGGUACUUAUCCUUAUGUGACCUCAAGUAAUUGUAGUGUUGGUGGUGUUUGCACUGGUCUUGGCAUACCACCAAUUUACAUUGGAGACGUUUAUGGUGUCGUAAAAGCCUACACAACAAGAGUUGGUGUUGGACCUUUCCCGACAGAACUAAAUGAUGAUAUAGGCCAGUUGUUACAGUCACGUGGUGCUGAGUAUGGCGUAACUACCAAGCGACCCAGACGUUGCGGAUGGUUGGAUGUGGUGUUACUGAGACAUACCAAUAUGGUUAAUGGGUAUUCUGCCAUUGCACUCACCAAGUUAGAUAUUCUGGAUGUUUUGAAAGAACUCAAGAUUGGUAUUGGGUACUUCAGAAAAAAUGGAGAGAGAAUAGAACAUUUCCCUGCUGACAUGGGUGAGCUGGAAGACAUUACAGUUGAAUAUAUCACAAUGCCAGGAUGGUUAGAAGACACAUCACAUUGUCGCUCAUUUGAAGACUUGCCAAAGAAUGCCAGAAACUAUGUUGAAAAAAUAGAAGAACUUAUUAAUGUUCCUGUGAAGUGGAUUGGUGUUGGAAAAGCAAGAGCUUCGAUGAUAACGGUGUUUUAGUUACUGGCGCUAAGAUGAUGGAGAAUUGUACGUAAUCAUCUGUUUGGAAGGUUCAAGGGUAUGAAAGAUGCUAGUUACAGAGUUCACAUAUCGUUGGGAUGAUAAAUUUGUUGAUCAUAGUUUCCCUGUAUAUUUAAAUUUAUGUUAUGUUGCUGAGAGGAAAUUGUUUCAUUGAUUCUGGCAGCACUUCUAGUAUUUAAUAUAACCUAGGACUUAACCAAUUGUUUGUAGUACAGUAUGUUAUGAAGGUAAGAAAUGCAUUUUUGCAUGAUGCUCUCAUGAGUAUAUGUUCAUUUUUACUUCUUUUUUAUGUUUAUUUCAAGCCGACAUUUUUAGCUUAAGCUGUGUUUUCAAGUAGAUGAUUCUCACGUUCAUAAUGUAAUACUUUCAUCAGUGAAUCUUUCCUAACUGAUUUUGGUUAAAUAUAAUUAUUUUUAAUGUGUAACCUUUUGGGGGAUUUUGAUUUAUGUCAGUAUAUUAUUAUCUUGUUUAUAAAUUUAGUAACUGUGUCACUUGGUGAAUGGUGCUGUGUACCUCAUGCAUUUUUUCCUAUAGUAAGACGACCGCUGGAUUUAUCAGCCUAGUGAAGCAACCUUUUUUAUUUUGUACAAAGGAUUUCACUUCAUGCUAAACUGAAAACACUCGGAACAGAACAUGGUUUUGGCGUUUAUAUUAGAUAUAUGUUUUUUGGAACUUUAUACAGAAUAUGGUUUUAAUAUAUCCCAUAUAUAUAUUACGUUUUUAGUGGUCCUCUUAACACAGUUUUGAUGUGCAUCCUAAUACUCCGCAAGAAAAAUUACUUAGUGCAUUUGUUGAUUAUGUAACCUAGCCGGAAGAAUACUGUUCAGUGGUCACAUAGUAAGAGAAAUGAAAAUUUUAGUAUUUAAAAUUCUAUUCCUUGUUAAAUAUAAAUGAGAUAUUUAAAAAUUGUUUUUUCCCUCCAAAGGUUCAAGUGUUUUUCAGUUUUUAUUUUCUUUCCAUCUGUUGGCCACACACAGCCCCCAGUGAUUUCUUGAACCUUAUAUUAGUUAAAAACAAGAGUGUUUGUAAUAAGGUGUUGGAUUAAAAUUAACACUUUUCAGUGCCUCAGGACUAUGGUAAAUAAAAGUGGGUGGACACUGGCAACAAAUUUAGGAAAUCUGUUAAAUUGGAGUUUUAAUCACGUGAUAUUGCAUUGUUAAUUUUAUAAUGUUUCUUUGUAAAGGUACUUUAUUUUUUUCUGAAUAUUUUUAGUUCAUAAAAACAUUUCUUUCUUGAAUCUUGACCAGUGCCUCAAUUUUGAAGAACCUACUGACACUUCAAAAGAAUCUUUCCUUGACUGAAGUUAUUUCUAAAACCAUGUUGCUUACAUUCUGGAUUUAGGUAUGUGCAGUGCUGUUGUCCUUUUAAUUGAAGCAUUUCUCCAGGAGUUACAUUGAUUUUGCUGGUAUUUUUUUUUUUGAGAGGUCCUUAAAACUUUAAAAGGCAAAUCCCUCAUAAGUCAAAACCAAUUUUUAGGGGCCUUGUAACCAAUCACUCCUAGGUUUUUGUAAGAAUCCAUUAUAACAUGCCAAGCUGGAACCGAGGGCAGCAUUUUGGCAAGCUUUAGUGCAUACUGUGCCUGAUCCAGGCUUUUUGUGACAGUGAAAGGAAAAGAAUGGUAUUUUUAGUAUUGAAUUUACAGUGGUGUCUGUUAACACCAAGGAAAAUAUUGAAUUUGUGUGGUUUAAAUACUUAAUAGUAUUGCAAACAUAUUUUUACAGUGAACAUAAGGUAUUUUUACAGCAAACAUUCAGAACAUUAAAUUUAAACUAGGAAAUUUUAAAACCGUUUUUCAUGUUAGUAGACACUUUCCUGCUCUUGGGAUUUUUGACAGUAGUAUUUCCUAACAAGCAUUCCUUGUCCAAAAAGAGCUGUUGUCAAAAAUUUCAUCAUCCAUUGGUAGUUGAAAAAGCCUUGACCCACAAAACUCCCCAGUGUAGUUCUUAGUCAGAAAUAAUACUUGUAAGAGCACUGAAGUGUUUUGCUUUCAUAAUUGAAGCAGGUGCUAAGAUGAAUGUUUUCAAAGUAUCGUGUCCUAUUUUGCUGAGGGUUAUCUUUUUCACGGCAUUUCUUGUAUCGAACCGUGUUUUCUCAGUAUUGUAUGUAUAAAGCCCUUCACUGGGUAUGGAUGUAAUUGUUUUUUUAUACUCUUUUUAUGGUUUAAAUUGAGGGUAAGGCAUAAAAAGAUUAUGGAAAGUUGAUCUUAUGGUUAAAGAAAAUUCUAUUUCUUUUUUAAUGUGCCUUGACUAUAUGUGGACUUUUGUUGCAGCCUGAAUCUUUAUUUGCAUUUUGAAUAUAUCAUACAACACAUUGCAUGAAAGUACACCUUGUGCGUUUGUUGUAAAAAAUGACGCACACCCUAGAAUAUUUUAAGCGUCAUACUGUUAAAUGGAAGAUGUAUGUUAAAAAGGUCGAUAGUGAUGGCCCUAAACCUUCCACUGGUUUUGUGUAUGCUGCUGUGUUUCCUCUUAGAUAAACUUCAUCAGUUUUCAUUACCCAAUAUUCCUUGUUUUACUACAGCAGAAUUGUCCCAAGACUGUAUCUACUGCUAAGAUUAAUGAGAGUAUACAUCUGUAAAGGUCUGUCAUUUUCAGGUAUUCUGGAAAAUUCUUGUAAAUGGCCGCAAAAUUUCCCUUGGCCAGCUGAUCAGAAUCCACUACUUUACUUUAUCUGUAAAAUAUAUGAAGCUGUUAGAAAUGCUAAGCUGUUCUGGAUCCUGACAAGGUCAGAAUCAAUAUUCCUAGUAAUAAUUGUGGCAUUGUUAAAGUCCACAGUAUAAAGCAAAUGGGAAGGUUAAUUGAAUGAACAAGUCAGUCAUAAUGCAAUAGGGAUGUCAGCCAUUAAUUAUAAAUCUUGUAAUAUCCAUCUGAGAAUGAGAUACAUUUACUUAUUAGGUAUCCUUCUAGGCUCAUUGCUUGUCUGUAGAAAAUGUAAUACAGUAGCUAGAAAACAUAACCCGUGUAAAAGGAUCAAUUUCAAUCUGCAGUGAAUGAUAAGUCUUGGUCACAAAUCUCACAUUAGGGAAUGUUGUCAGACUCUUUAUUAUCAUUUUAUGCAGUUAUCAAAAAUUUCAAGUUUUAAGAGGUGAGACUUUCAGCUUCAAGACAUUGGAAACCUCAUGAGUAACCCUGAUUUAUGAAAAAUGCGUACGUUACUAUUGCUAAUCAUGAAUAACCCUGAUUUAUGAAAAUGCAUACAUGUUACCAAUUGUUAAUCUCACUUCUGUUGAACAGAGAUGGCUUCAGAAUGACCACAUAGCUUCUCACCUAAGUAACCUGAGGAAGGUAUUGUAUGUUGCUUAAAGCAAAAUUAAGUGCAAACCUCUUAGUUUUAUCAGGGGUGACUCUGAGUACUUAUAAAGAGAUAAAUGCUCUAGCAUGCUGAGAUAUUGGUGAGUGACACUCAAGAAGUUUUCCUGUUGUGAGUUGGAAAAUACUGUGUCAACUAAAUGAAUUACAUACUCAUGAUUUCAUGUCUUCUUAAGCACCCAACUACACUGCCUUUUUGGAUGGUAAACGAUGUACAUGAAGUAAAAGGUUUGAAUUUUAGGUCAUGAAAGGAAUUGUUCAUGUACUUCCACCUUGGGUGAGGAAAAACGGAAUUAAGAAUGGAAAUAUUUGCAUUUAGACUUGAAGAAAUGUAGUUUAGAAGAAACGGAUUGGAUUAGUUAUACUCAUAAUUAAUGACAUCAUAAUUAAUGACAUUUUUGGCCCUCAUGUUUUUUUUUUUUUUUUUCCUCCAAUAUUCAGACUUAGCCUUUUCAGUUCAUUUGAAAACAUUUCACAGAUUUUGAUGGAUACUGUCAUUGGUAGCAGAUAAGCAGUUACUGUAUUUCCCAUCAUCAAAGUUUUUUUUUAAGUUUGUCUCGGAAAUUUACAGUGUAUCUUAAGAGGCUGAAUGUUACAUUUUUCAACCUAACUCUAGAGGAAGAUCAUGUUGUUAAUCAGUAAUCAGAACUCCUUUAUAUGACAUAUGAAAGAAUUUUCUAAAUUAUAAUUAAUUAAAUAAAGAAUAAAAGUAUAAAUAAUUAAAACAAAUACUCAUAGCUACAAAGAUUCACUCAUAUCAGUAGAAGAGUAGACGAAGAAGUAAUGUAAACGAUGUAAAUCAAUAUUACUGGUAUGCAGUACGUGCUAUCAUAAUCUUACAUUACUGCACCAUCUGUAGCCCCAUCCGUUUACCUGUACCGAGAUGUGUUGGCUGAGAAAAUCUCUGGUGAAAUGUGGAUCGGCGGUUCGUAUCUUAUGUUACUUGUUGGUCUGCUAGUUUUUCAGGUCACUUUUAUGUCAGCUUCAGAAAAGUUUAUAACAUGUUAAAAUGAAUAAAAAGAAAACUACUCAUUUUAAAAUAAAGUUUUGCUGGUCAAAAUUGGGUUGGGUCUUCACAGUCAAAAGCGUCUUCGACACCAGAAAAUGCAGUACGAAAAUGCUUUCUUUAGCACAAACUCCCUUUUUUACUUAUAUUCUAUAAUUGUUUGUAUAUAGAAUAUGAAAGAGAAUUUAAUUGACAUUCAGCAUUUCUUUACUUGUCUUUUUUUAAAUUUGUGAAGAGCAUGUAGUGAUGAUGAUGUAGGCUGUAAGUGUAAAUACUUUAUUUAUUCCAUUAUUCAAGGAAGUUUCUAAAUAUUGCUUAGUAUGUAAAGUCUAGAAUGUAUCUCAUACUUUUUUGCUGGAUAUCUUAUCUGUUUAUUUACGUGGACUAGACUAAGAUUCUAAUGUUGUCAGAGAAUUCCCUUAAUAUCACUUUCAUAUUCAUUUGUAAAGGUAUACAUUGCAUUUAAAAUGAUUUAUGUAAGGGUGCAGUGUCAGAUGCUUGUAUGCAAGAUACUCUAAUUAUAGUUCUAGUGAUGGUGAUGUACAGUAGUUUGCUGAAUAGUGUAUGCAUGAAUCCGGACUGAAUUCAUCUUUGUUAGUUCAUUCCAUCAUUUUGAUGUGAAUACAUGCUGUCAGAUGGCUAAUAAUGUAGAGUACCACCAAAUGAUGCUACCAAUACUUUCCAUUGUAUGGGUAAAUGUAUGUGCCAUUUUUGUUCUUAGUUUUAUGUUUUUAAGUAACCUCACAUCUGUAAACUAGUUUGUUUAGUACAUAGUAUCUUACAUGCACAUUGCCAGGUUACCAGGUUAUAUCCUUUGAACCUUGACAUUUUUGCAGGUUAAUCGAUGUAAAGGAUGAAUACAGUGGUAAAAUAAGGCAGCUGGCAGUAGAUUCCAUGAACCAGUCUAUCUCAUUCAGUUAGAAAUGUGAUAAAUAAAGUAACGUCCAUGGUAGUCUUACAUUGUAUUGCAAUAGACAUAACUACUUUGCACCCAAUAACUUUUGUAUUGACAGAACUUAAUUACAGCAAAUCCUAUUGUCAGGCAUACUUAGUAUACUGACUGUUGCACCUUGAAAAUACAACAGGACAAAAUUGUUUGAGAUAUAAAUAGGAGGAUAUUAAGUAUAGAGGUUUGGAUUUCAUAUUAACUAAAUUUGCAGAAAUGGAUAUUUUAUAUUAUCAACCCCAUGUUUAUUAUGGGGACUUAGGAAUAUGAAGUGCACAAAGUUGUUUUUUCCUAGUGCCUUUUUUUAUAUACAUUUUGUAAGAUGAAGACUUUUCAGCCGUGCAAUAUUUUAAUUUUUUCUCCCUUUAAAAAAAAAGGGCUUUGAGGGUAGGGAAGUUAACCUGUUUUCAGCUAGGGUUGUGUAUUCAUUCAGCUGAGAUAGCAUGCCCUAUUGACAGUUUUUACCCUUUUUUGCAUGUAUAAAGUACUUUUUAAUUCUGGAACUGCCUUCUGUAUCUGUAGUAAACUUCUCACAUUAUAAUGUGAAACCUAUACAGGAUUUUCUGUGUAUUUUUUUUUUUUUUUUUU